AUGAUGAAGAGGAAGCAUCUCUCUGACAUUGCCAACCACGUCCUCCAUGGAUGUGCCCGGGAGCUCCAUACAUCAGUCGACUCAAUGGUGGAAGAAUUUGAGGCAUCAUGGAAGCCCGAAAUGGGUGAUUAUUCAAGGAAAUUAGUUGAGUUCUGCUGCUCAAAAGCUAUUUGUAGCAUGUGCUCCAACAUAGAACAAAUGAUCAGUAGUGGAUCAUUCAGUCGGUUUACAUUUGAUAUGAUGCUCGCUUGGCAGAUGCAUAGCUCCGACCAGGAAGAGUCAUAUACGGAGAGUGUCGCAAAGGAGAAAGAGGAAAAGAGGAUGACUAUAGGAGCAACUCAUGAGCAAGAUGAAAUCCCCCUUUUUUAUUCAGACCUCAUGCCACUUCUGGUUGAUCAUGAACCAAGCGUAAAAGAAGAUGCAUUUGUGUGGUUUGGUACGCUAGUACCACUAGUUGUUGAUAUGGUUAAUGGGAGAUUUACUUUUGAAACUUUGACUGCACCUACAGCAAACCAGCUCUCCUUCCCUGCUUAUGACAAAUACUUGAAAGAAAUUGACAAAUGCAUGAAACAAUUGCGAAAGCAAGCAACACCAAAAGGUGUGGAACUGGCAGAUGAUGAAUUUAUAUUGCAUGUUGAAGGAACAAUAAGCACGCAAAGGGUGGUGCGUCAUAUUGGAGGAACAAGCUGGCCUGGUAGACUCUCACUAACUAAUUAUGCCCUCUACUUUGAGGCCUCGGGAGUUUUAUCGUAUGAAGAUGCACUGAAACUUGAUCUCUCAAAGGAUACUGAACAGAGGGUGAAGCCAGCAGCCACAGGCCCAUGGGGUGCUCCCCUUUUCGACAAGGCUAUAGUCUAUGAAUCCACUGACUUGCAGGAGGCUGUUGUGCUGGAAUUUCCAGAGAUAACAAGUUCAACACGACGUGAUCAUUGGCUUGCUCUUGUAAAGGAAGUUAUGCUAUUGCACCAGUUUUUAUCAAAGUACAAGUUGGAAUCCCCAACACAAGCAUGGGAAAUGCAUUCAAGGACUAUUUUAGGGGUUAUAAGGCUCCACGCAGCUAGGGAAAUGCUAAGAAUAUCACCUCCUGAUCCUAAAAGUUUCUUAAUUUUUGCAUUGUUUGAUGAGUUGCCCAAGGGGGACUAUGUACUGGAUGAGCUUGCUGAGAAUUUAAAGAAGGUUGAUAGCGGUCACCCUUGUAAUGCUAGCUCAAUUUUGAGGUGUAUGAAUGUCUCGCAACAGGUGGCCUUUAAUCUAGAGACAGAGAAGGGAAGUGAGCAAAUGACAACUGUUAGGGGCCAAGCUGAAGAUAUUUCAUCAUUGGAGAGUGCCAUUAAUCAAGUCAGAGAGGAGGCAAAAGAAAUUGAUAUGGCAAAAGCUACUGCUGAGGGGCUAAAAGAUGAGGGAAUAAGUGACAGCAUUUUUGUUCUCAUGGAGCUGCUGAAGCCACUUAAAAAUGUGGGGCCCUGGUGUCAAGAAAUCCUGAGGUGGGAAACACCAUUAACCACAAUUAUUGUGAUCACCAUAUCCCUGCUGACCAUAUACAAGGAAUGGGUUGGCAAGGCACUAGCAGCUUGCUUAUUGUGGGUGGUGGGAAAGAUGCUCUGGGCAAGAAAAGAAAGAAUUGGAGAGAAGUGCAACAAGGUAGUUGUGUGCACUGCCACCGACCAGACCACAAUGGAGAGCAUUGUAUCUGCACAAUAUGGAUUGAAUACUGUGCAUGCCCUGGUGCAGUGGACAAACAUUUCAAUCUUGAAAAUCUGGUCAAUAUUUGUUUCAAGGGCCCCUAAGCAAGCAAAUAUGGUAAUGAUGGCAAUGACUGGAACAGCAAUCUUGUUGGCAGUGGUUCCUAUGAAAUUUAUUCUUAUGGCCCUCGUACUAUAUGGCUUCACAAUAACGAGGAACAUGGGGAAACAUGUCGCAAAUGCAAAUAAUAAUAAUAAUAAUAGUAGUAGUAGUAGUCAAGGGAAUCGACGGCUUAAGGAAUGGUGGGACUCGAUUCCUGUUGUUCCCAUUGAAGUUGUCGACCAAAUCCCUGCAGAGACUCAGACAUAGAGACCUUCUUCUUCUUCUUCUUCUUCUUCAUAAAUUAGGAUAAUGCUGCAGCCUGUACUAGCUAGAUUGAUAUUAUAUACGGUUACUUCAAUCCUGUGUUUUGUUGUAGAGAGAGAGAAUGGUUUUUUUCCUUUUAUCUACACAAAUUUGCGUUUACCGCUUCCCGCUUCAUGAUUGGCAUGGAUGCAGUCCUCCUUGUA